CUGUCACGCACAUGAGACAUGACUCAUUUGAUUCAUAAAAAAUAAAAAAAUAAAAAUACUUUUUGAGUCCUUCCACUUUUGUAAUAAAAAAAAAGAAAACCCCGACUUCAAAACAAUUAAAAUCAACAACCUUCAAUGUAUAAUAAUAAUAAUGCACCAUAUGGAUAUCCUCAAUAUGGGGCUCAUUCUCAUUACAAUCAGGAGGCUCCUCAAAUACCCAAGACGAAUCGGUUAAUUUACGUUAAAAAGUUGCCACAAGUGCCCUCGCAGCAACAAGUACCAUCCCAAAGGAUUUUAUUCAAUCCGAAAUUUAUGGCCAACAAAGUGUUUGUAAAUCCAAAUUUCAAUAAACAAAAGGCUGCAGCUACUAUUCACAUUAAUCCUCGUGUACAUAUUAAUCCUAAAAAUGUACCUAAAUGUUUAAACCAACAGAUUAUAGAUCUAAAACCUCAGAAUGUACCUAUUGCUAAUUCAGAAGCAAACCAACAGAUAAUAGAUUUAAAAACUCACAAUAUAUGCAUUGGAAGUUCAGCAGGACUAGCAGGAGCAAGUAAACAUAUCCCGUUUGUUUUAACUAAAACCAAGCUUAUACGAGUUCCACCAAAUACAGAUAAAAAACCGAGACGUAGGUCUGUUAAUUCAAAGUACAAAAUUGUAAAAUCUGGAAUUGGGAAAUUGACUCCUAAAAAUAAAUUUAAAAUUGAUAAGAGGAAAUCAUUGGUUCCAAAAAAUAAUCUUUUAAAUUUGAGUGCUUUAGUAAAAUCAACAAUAAUUAAAAAGAGUGCUUCAAGUGUUGUGAAUAUCAACGGAAGGAUUUAUAAGAAAUCAAAAAAUUCACUAAGACGAGCUUCAAUUGGUAGCAUAAAGGAACAACCUAAGAAAAUUAACAUUUCAAAAUCACAGUACAAACUUGUUAAUAAAUCAAUUAGAAACAAUGUUGGAGAGAGAAAGAUUUCACAAUCUAAGUAUAAACUUAUUAAUUCUGAAAAUAACAAUCUUAUUGGAGAAAAAAGAAAAAUCUUGCAAUCUCAUUACAAACUUAUUAAUAAAUCAAUUAAAAAUGUUGGUGGAACAAAAAGGAACAUUUUACAAUCUCGGUAUAAGCUUAUUAAUAAGUCAAUUACUUCAUCAACAAAAAAUAAGAAUCUUGUUGUUGGAGGAAAAAGGAAAAUCUUACAAUCUCAUUACAAACUUAUCAAUAAAUCAAUUUCACCCUAUAAGAAAAAUAAGAAACUUUUAGAAAUGAGAAGGUUUAAAGUUGUUAGAAAACAAAGUUUCAAAAAGAAGAAAAUGUCUGAGAGGAAAUUCAGAAAGUGCAACAUUCCUUGCAUUACUUUCAGGAAGUAUGGUUUAUGCAAGGGGAAAGACAAAGGAAAAUGCUCUUUGAAACACGAUCCUGAUCAAGUGGCUCUGUGUACCAGAUUCUUGCAAGGUGCCUGUCUAAAAGAAAAUUGCCUCCUGUCCCACAGCGUUUUGCCAGAAAAAAUGGCAACCUGCAAAUACUACUUGGAAGGCGCCUGUUUGAAAGAAAACUGUCCCUAUUUGCACGUGAAAAUCAGCCCCAAAGCUGAAGUGUGCCACGAUUUUUUGGAAGGAUUUUGUGAAAAGGCCGUCCAGUGUGACAAACGCCAUCAAUAUUUGUGUCCCGAAUAUGAAAAGUACGGCAAAUGUAUGAAGCCGAGGUGCCAAUAUCCCCAUGGAAAAAUGGUAAGGUCUUACUUGAUAAAUAAAACUCACUUUGCCAAGAAAUGUUCUACGAGUACCGAUUUGAAAUCGAAAAAUGUUGACAAAGAAGUACCUUCAAAAUCUGAUGAAGAAGAAAAGCCACGUUAUUAUGUUGAAAACGAGUCAGAUUCCAAUGAACUUAUUACUAGAAAAGAAAAUUUAAAUGUUGAAGCAGUUGCUGGAAGCAGUAAUUUGAUAAAUUUUGUCGGAUCAAAGUCGAGGCCCAAAUUGGGAAAUUUAUCGGCUUUUAUAGAAUUCAGUGAAUUUUGACAAUAAUUGAUAGAAAUCAAUGGAUAUUUCUUGGCAUUGAUUUUAUUAAUUUCAAUUAAGCAUUCUGAUAUUAUGUAAAUAUAUAAAAAUUUGAAAAAUAAAGAGUAAAUACAUAUUUGCAUAUUUUGUUUUAUUUAUUUUACGUUUUAA